AUUUGAAAUUUUUUUCAUUGGGAAAUAUAAAUAUUAAUUAUUAAAAAAAUAUAUGUUUUAAUGUAAACGCGUAAAAAUAUUGGAAUAUUAUUCUAACAUUUUAGUAGUACUUAUUUAGAAAGAAUAGAAUUAUUGUAGGUACCGUAUUAUUAGUAAUUGACAAAUUGUGUGUUGUAUGUGUACACAGUGAAUAUAUUUAUUGUAACGAGAUGUUUAGAUCUCCUUUUAAGCAAUACCUGAUUAUGUGAUUAUUUAAACCUAGGCUUAUUAUUACAUCAAUAGAGGCGUUCAUUUUUAAUUCUUCAGCUAAGCUUUAUUAUAUUAAAAUGGAAGGAAGCUCAGCAAAGAUGCCUAAAGUGGCAAAGGUUAAAAAUAAAGCUCCAGCCGAAAUACAAAUAACUGCUGAGCAAUUGCUCAGAGAGGCUAAGGAACGAGACCUAGAAAUACUACCACCUCCACCAAAACAAAAAAUUUCUGACCCAGAAGAAUUGAGAGAUUAUCAGCAGCGGAAAAGAAAAGCAUUUGAAGAUAAUAUCAGGAAAAAUAGAUUAGUUAUUGGAAAUUGGCUCAAAUAUGCUCAGUGGGAAGAAUCACAGAAACAGGUUCAGAGAGCUCGUUCUAUUUAUGAAAGAGCUUUGGAUGUUGAUCACAGAAAUGUUACCUUGUGGCUGAAAUACGCUGAAAUGGAAAUGCGGAAUAGACAGGUUAAUCAUGCAAGGAACCUCUGGGAUAGAGCUGUCACUAUAUUACCAAGAGUUUCACAAUUUUGGUAUAAGUACACCUACAUGGAAGAGAUGCUAGAAAAUGUGCCAGCAGCUAGACAAGUAUUUGAAAGAUGGAUGGAAUGGCAACCAGAUGAACAGGCCUGGCAAACAUAUAUCAAUUUUGAAUUGAGAUAUAAGGAACUGGAUAGAGCAAGGCAAAUUUACGAAAGAUUUGUAAUGGUACAUCCUGAUGUUAAAAACUGGAUCAAAUAUGCAAAGUUUGAAGAAAAUCAUGGCUUUAUAAACAGCUCAAGGAAAGUAUAUGAAAGGGCUGUUGAGUUUUUUGGUGAUGAAGAAUUGGAUGAGAGAUUAUUUAUUGCAUUUGCUAAGUUUGAAGAAAACCAGAAAGAACAUGACAGAGCUAGAGUUAUCUAUAAGUAUGCUUUGGAUCAUAUUUCAAAAGACAGAAACAAGGAACUAUAUAAAGCAUACACUAUUCAUGAAAAGAAAUAUGGUGACAGAUCAGGUAUUGAAGAUGUUAUUGUUAAUAAGAGAAAAUAUAUGUAUGAACAAGAAGUUAUAGAAAAUCCAACCAACUAUGAUGCCUGGUUUGAUUAUAUAAGACUUGUUGAAAACGAGGGAAAUGUUGAUGUUAUUAGAGACACUUAUGAAAGAGCAAUAGCUAAUGUUCCACCCACAAAAGAUAAACAGUUUUGGAGAAGGUAUAUAUAUUUAUGGAUAAAUUAUGCACUAUAUGAAGAGUUGGAAGCUGAAGAUAUAGAACGAGCUAAACAAGUAUAUAAAACAUGUUUAGAAUUAAUCCCUCAUAAAACAUUCACAUUCUCCAAAAUUUGGCUAAUGUACGCUCAAUUAGAAGUAAGAUGUAAAAAUUUAAAACAGGCUAGGAAAACAUUAGGCAUGGCCUUGGGUAUUUGCCCAAGAGACAAAUUAUACAGAGGUUACAUUGAUUUAGAAAUUCAACUAAGAGAGUUUGACCGAUGCAGAAUAUUAUAUCAAAAGUUUUUAGAAUAUGGUCCAGAGAAUUGUAUAACAUGGAUUAAGUUUUCAGAACUUGAAACAUUGUUGGGUGAUAAUGACAGAGCUAGGGCUAUAUAUGAAAUAGCUGUAGGUCAGGCAAGAUUGGAUAUGCCAGAAUUGUUGUGGAAGAGUUAUAUAGACUUUGAAACAUCUCAAGGGGAAACAGAGAGAGCAAGACAACUAUAUGAGCGACUUUUAGAAAGAACAGUCCAUGUUAAAGUUUGGCUUUCUUAUGCAAAAUUUGAGUUAAAUGCUGAAAAUCCUGACAAUAUUAAUAUUGAAUUAGCUCGUCGAGUUUAUGAGAGAGCUAAUGAUAGUCUUAGAAGUGCUGGUGAAAAGGAAUCCAGGGUUCUGUUACUUGAAGCUUGGAAAGAUUUUGAGACUGAAAUUGGAGAUGAAAAUAAACUUGAGAAAGUUGUUUCAAAAAUGCCAAGAAGAGUUAAGAAAAGACAAAAAAUUGUUAGUGAAAGUGGUGUGGAGGAGGGAUGGGAAGAAGUGUUUGAUUACAUAUUUCCAGAAGAUGAAAUGGUUCGUCCAAAUCUUAAACUGCUGGCAGCAGCUAAACAAUGGCGAAAACAGAAAGAAAUCCCUGAUGAACCAGAAAUUGAAAAAGUUGCAAAUGAAAAUACAGAAACCACAGAAUCCAAUCAUGUUGAUGAAAAUGAUUCUUUUACACCAGAGCCAAUACAAAUAAAUGACAAUUAUUAAUAAAAAUAACUUUACUAAGUGGUAA